CUGUCUUGGGGUGCCAAUUCGGGAACGAGGAAGAGGAUGAUUGAAGCGUACAUUUAUGGCGUGAGAGUGACGCGUGCCGAUUGAAGCACUGAAGGUGGCGAUUAGUGCUCGAUGAAUGCGGGUGAUGAUAGAUGUUGCCACGGAGUGUGACCUAUCGCCAGCGCGUUUCCGCCAGCGCGUCCUCUCGUCCGUUGACGCAAUAUAAGUGAAAAACACGAGUCAAGAUCGGAACGCAAGAGAAAUCACGAUGAAUCUUCGCGCCGCGAAGUUCUACAAGCUGCUGGCGGUCUUCCUCUGCUACGAAGCAUGCAGCUACAGCUUGAUGCUGGACGAGGAUAAAGAACCGAUUCAUCUUACUGCCGUGGUGGGAGAGUACGAGGUGUUUAAUUGCGAUCUUGAUUUCCCACACGAGACGCCGAUUCCAUAUAUUCUUCAAUGGAACCGCGAC